AUGGCUCGAUUUUUCCAAAUUGAGAAAAUUUUUGAAAAAGAUAAAGCAUUGAAAGAAGCAUACACAGCAUAUAUUAAUGAAUUAAUUGAGAAAGGCUACAUGGUCAAAUGUGUAAAUAAUAGUAGCGAACCACACUGUUAUUUACCACACCAUGUAGUGAUGAAAGACAGUACAACAACAAAAGUACGACCAGUUUUUGACGCGAGCAGAAAAACUUCAAACGGAAUUGCAUUGAAUGAUUUACUCCGACCAGGCCCUAAAUUAAAAAAGGAUCUGUUCAAUAUUUCAAUUCGAUUCCGUACACAUGCAGUAGCGUUCACGGCAGAUAUAGGGAAAAUGUAUUUGCACGUAAAACUAGAUGAACAAGAUCAACCGUAUCAUAAGAUUCUAUGGGGAGAUAGUGUGGAAAAACCUAUUGAAGACUAUCGACUCACUACGGUUACAUUCGGGGUAAAUAUUUCGCCUUUCAUAGCAGUGGCAACUGUACAGCACCAUGCAAAAAACGAAAUGGAAAAUUUUCCUGAGGCAUGCAGUAUCAUUUUGAAUGACUCGUAUAUGGACGAUGUUAGCAGCGGGUGCGACACGGUGGAAGAAGCGAUACAAAGAAGAUCAGAAAUAACGCACGUAUUACAACAAGGAGGUUUCCCACUGAAAAAAUGGGCAUCAAACUGUGAAGAACUUUUAGAGAGCAUUCCGGAAGAUGAAAUCGAGCUGAAAACAAAGGAACUCGACGGCUAUAAGUAUGUGUCAACACUUGGUCUCAAAUGGUUCUUUGAGGGCGAUAAAAUUGGUUUUAAAAUGGACAUUGAAAGAAAUGCAUUAAAAUAUACAAAGAGAGCAAUUUUGUCUCAAAUCACUACCAUUUAUGACCCAUUGGGACUAAUGGCUCCGGUUACAAUGUAUAACAAAAUUUUAAUGCAAGAAAUUUGGAAAGAACAAUGUGAUUGGGACGAAGAAGUGAGUGAACAAAUCGCGACAAAGUGGAAUGCAUUAAGAGGAGAGUUACCUUUAAUCAAAAACAUCAAACCAAAGCGUUGGCUAGAGUGUAGCAAUACAAAAAAAAUAGAGUUGCAUGGAUUUUCGGAUGCAAGUGAAGCUGCGAUGGGAGCAUGUGUUUACAUGAAAGUAUACAAAGACGAUGAAAUCCAUGUAAAUCUAGUAGCAGCCAAAACAAAGGUAACUAACGUUACCACGGUUGGAACUUUGAGCGGCUGUUUUGGUCGCGAAAUUGAUGAACACGGUGAAAAAAUCGUUAAAAUUGGAAAUAUCCGAAACACAUUUUUACUCAGACAGUGA